AUGUCUUCUGCCUCUCCCACCACCGUGAUUCCCAGCGUGGUGGCGACGAUCAAGCAAGAGAACGUAUUGGAAAUGUUCUGCGGCGGGGUGACGGAGAAGGUAACCUCGGACGGUUCGGCUCCCGCGUCUGGUUUUGCAGCGGCGGCUCCUUUUGCAAGGAAGGCAGAAGCCGGGGAAGAGGAGGAGGACGACGAGGAGGAGGAAGCAGCCGGUCGGGUUGUGGGUCAAGUUCUACUCCACUCGGAACUUUUGGGGCGGAAUCCCGGCGCUGUGGCCGCCGCGUCUCCCUUGUCCUUGGCUUCGCCUCGGUCCUCCUCCUCCUCCUCGUCGUCGUCUUCCACCUCGCCCCAGGCUCUGCUCGCUUUCUCCCCGGACCACGUCGCUUGCGUCUGCGAGGCUUUGCAGCAAGGCGGGAACCUCGACCGCCUGGCCCGGUUCUUGUGGUCCCUGCCCCAGAGCGACCUGCUACGUGGCAACGAGAGCCUGCUGAAAGCCCGGGCGCUGGUGGCUUUCCACCAGGGGCUGUACGCGGAGCUCUACGGCAUUUUGGAAAGCCACAGCUUCGACGCCGCCAACCACCCUCUCCUGCAGGAGCUCUGGUACAAGGCGCGCUACACCGAGGCGGAGAGGGCCCGCGGCCGAGCCCUGGGCGCCGUCGACAAGUACCGCCUGCGCAGGAAGUUCCCCCUGCCCCGCACCAUCUGGGACGGCGAGGAGACGGUCUACUGCUUCAAGGAGAAGUCGCGCAAUGCCCUCAAGGAGCUCUACAAGCAGAACCGCUACCCUUCCCCGGCCGAGAAGCGCAACUUGGCCAAGAUCACCGGCCUCUCGCUCACGCAGGUCAGCAACUGGUUCAAAAACCGGCGGCAACGGGAUCGCAACCCCGCGGAGCCGCAGUCCAAAAGUGAGUCGGAUGGUAACCCCAGCACAGAAGAUGAAUCCAGCAAGGGGCAAGAGGACUUGUCUCCACGUUCCCUAGCAAGCACCUCCGAUGGCGGCACCAGCUUAAGCCUUCCUAGCCCAAUGGAGCAAGUAUAUAUGCAGCAACUUGGAAACUCCAAAAUAUCCUUAAGCUCUUCAGGAGUUUUACUGAAUGGAAACCUAAUGCCUCCCAAUCCAUCUGUUUUUCUUAAUGGUACUUCUUUCAUUCAGGGCCCCAAUGGUCUCCUCCUCAAUGGUCUCAGUAUGGGAACUUCUCAGGCAGUAUCAUCAAGUCCACUCAAAACAUCGCCCAAUGCUUUGAGCAAUGGAGUCUCUAUGGGUGACAUGUUAGUCCCUUCUGCAGAAGAUGUGAAAGACUUCAAAAUCCUCCAGACUUCUCUGUCCAAUUCUAUUGCAUCAUCAACACCCACAACAACAUACAGCCCCAACUCUGGGCCUGCCUCUUUCCCAGGCUUGACACCAAGCAUGGAAGUAAAGAGGGAAGAAAGCGAAGAAGCAAUAGCAUCGCAAGACAGUGGCUCAGUAGUCACUUUUACCACUCCAAUUCAAAUCAACCAAUAUGGCGUUGUCCAAAUCCCUAAUUCAGCAAACAGUGGCCAGUUACUUAAUGGAGGCCUCAGUUUUUCCCCAGUGCAGCUUCCCCCAGUAUCGGCAGCAACUUCCCGAGGUAGUGUUUCCAUUAACCAAGGCACAACAAGCAAUGGCACAUUUACUACUGACUCUACAACAGCACAACAAGGGAAAGUGUUUUUCAGCUCCCUUGCUCCCAGCACUGUGGUGUACACCAUCCCAAACACCAGCCAGGCAGUUGAGCCGGUGAAACAGGAAGGACUGGAAACGAGCCUGGUGUUUUCUCAAGUCAUGCCCCUUGGUCAAAAUGCCCAACUUCAUGCUAGUCUACCUUCAGACAACUUACCCAAUGGGGUCCUCCAGCCAGGAGGAGCCUCCUCCUUAGUUAACGUGACUAUAUCACAUAACUUUUCCCUUGGACCACCUUCUCUUUUAAAUGCAGAAGAACUCAACUCAGCCAUUUCUGAGAGUCCACCAAUGCAACCCUCCACAACAAGUGGAGCGACUGUUGUUUCCAUUAGUAAUGCAAACUAUGCAACACUUCAGAACUGCUCCCUCAUCAGCAGCCACGACCUGGUGUCCAUAUCUCCAGUGCAGCCAGCGCUAACAGGGAUCGGUGGGGUAGCAGGCAAUGACAUGGGAUCCCACCUCUCUUUGCCAGGACAUCCCCAUUUCACUCGAGAACAGCGGCUGAUCCUGCAAUCCAUUCCCACUCUAAAGGAAAACUUUUUAUCUGAUUCAGAAAGCAGAUCAGUAAGCAGUUCGGUGAUGCUGGAUUCCAAAACCAAGUAUGUUACUAGCAAUAUAGUCGAUGCACUCUGUGAAGAACUGGGGACAGACAAGAAACAACUGGCUAAACUCCAGACAGUACAGAUGGAAGAAGAUAUGCAAGACUUGUAA